AGUCUCUCAUUCGCUGGCUGAGGGGAAGGUGCAGCGCUUCAGGACUGAAAUGCUGUUUGGUAAUGUUUAAAUCUGCUCGAAUAAGUGAACUUCCUUGUGAGCUGGGACUUUAUAGAAUGUGUAGAAUAUUGUACUAUGUACUACAUAUAUUUAUACUCGGUGUGCAGUGAACCUGACUUAACAUAAUUAAUGAUUAGCUCUCAUGUGUGUGGAUAAACUUGUUGGUACAGAACUUCCGCUUUUUCGUAACACUAGUUUUGUUAGCGCGCACUGUGCCGUGGGCGAUGAAAUGCUCGUAAGAAGCGUGCCGCAGUCCAUCAGAUCCUGAGGUUGUUCCUUGUACGGUGGACGAACGUCAGCAUGCCAAGAUGCGGUGCUCUGUGUUGAUAGCCUUGGCCGUGCUGUGCCAGACAUGCCGUCUGUGUGUGGGCGCGGGACUUGCUCACGAGCCCGAGGAACCCGAGGACGUUGUCACCACCACCUCUCAAGAGGACAUCAUCACCACCACUCAAAGAGACAUCACCACAUCCCAAAAAGUCGUCAGCACAUCUCCGCAGAGUGGCGGCAACCAGCAUGUCCGUCCCACUGUGGUGGAGCCGCUGCUGGAGGACGGCAGGGUGCCGACUCGUGCGGAUCAGCUGGUGGUGUGCUCUUGUCCAGAACUGUCUCCUGACGGCUGCCGGCGCUUCCUUUCCGAUGCCAGCAUUGCCAGUAAAAAUAUUGAUUUCGAGGACAUUAGGGUUUCUGUGACUGACUUGAGCGUGGCGGUGCAUGACGUGACCUGCCAGAAGAAGGACCAUCGUUUCAUGAAAUACAGUGAAGGGGAGUUUUAUUUGCGGGAACGCGGUGACGUUGUCCUCGUGAAUGUCGGUGACAUGACUGGUCUCCGUGUCAACGACUACUGCGCCGAUCUGCGCCGCGACAACGGGCGCUUGACUUGGAACAUAAAGAUCUGUGUUGCCCCGCCUUCAGUACCCACAUGCUGCCCCAGCGGACAGGCACUGAAGGACGGAGUGUGCCAGAACGCCACUACCCCCAACAUUAUCGCGCCUCCCUUAUCCGUGGGCUUGAGGGAAAAAGCUACACAUUUCCCGGUUAUUAAGAAUCACCAUAACCCCUUAAACUGCACCUCAGAUCCUCUGACAUCAAUACCAUUAACUCCGGGAAAAUCAUAUUUAUUAUCAGUUCCAACAGGACUUAUGCACGUCUGGAAACCAGCUGAUCGUCAUAUUAACACACACUUCACUUACCCUCCUAACCUCUGCGUUGAUGGUUACGUGAACUCCAACGGAUCGGAGGUUUACUCCGCCAAUAUUUGCUAUUCGCACCCAGACCAGCAGCGUGAAAAAUGUGAGGGACAUGUUUGUGUGCGGAAGUGUUGCCCAGAUGGCGAGGAAAUGAACCAGAUGUUGUAUCGGUGUGUUUCCUCCAACCUCACGGACUUUAAGCCUGUAUUCAGCAAACAUCCCGGGGAUUACACGGUAGUGCAUGGUAAGCCAACAUGCCAGUUCCAAACAGUGGUGAACGACUCCAGUAUUGACAACAAAGGUCGUUAUCUCUUCCAUGGCGAUCAUUUGUCAGCUAUGGAAUAUUGUGUGGAUAAGUUUAAUGAUGGUCGGGGGAAGAUUGAAGACAUGGCAAUAGUGUGCAUCAAGGAACCAACGAAAUUGUGGCCGAGGAUACGAAAAAUUGCAUUCCCUAUACUUCAAAUUAUCUCCUUCAUCUUCCUGCUCCUGACGGUGGGCUGCUACUGCCUGGUUCCCGAGCUGCUGACUGGUGGUGGGUGGUAUCAGUUGUUCCACGUCAUCUCCCUCAUGGUGGCCUACGCAACCAUGUUUGCUCAAGAUAUGUUCAGCAAGGCUUGGGAAACUAAUAUAUGUUUUAUCAUGGGAAUUUUGCUUCAGUUUAGUUUCCUGUCCACUUUCUUCUGGCUCAACGUGCUGUGCCUUGAGGUGUGGAGGAAAAUAAGGAGCCUCAACAAGUUCCGUCCAGCCUCAGUCGUUCCCAUCUGGAUCUACGUGCUCUACGCCUUCGGGACGCCAGUUGCUAUUGGGAUCCUGACGGUGUGCAUGCAUUUCUUCGCCCCGGAUGAUGUGCCUGGAGUAUUGAAGCCUCACCUUGCACGGAGCAGGUGUUUCUUCGAAGAUCCACCAAGGCUCUUCCUAUAUUUCUAUGGACCCAUUGGCUUCCUAUUUGCUCUUAACAUUAUCUUUAUUACCCAUACUUACUGGACCUAUAGGAAAAUUGAAAAAAAUGCCUCCGUGCUGAAGAAAGCCAGCCCGGAAAACAACAGUGCAAGGACACCGACUGAACAGAUUCACCGCAAACGCGACUACAUCUCAGAUUUCAAGCAACAGUUCUCUCUGCUGGUGAUGAUGUCGCUGUGCUGGGUGUCAGAACUUUUGUCUUGGUUUAUUCCACCUCUUGAAAUGUGGGCUGCAACAGAUACGCUGAACACGUUGCAAGGCUUCUUCCUCUUUGUAAUCUUUCUUGCCAAUAGGAGCAAACGUAAACACCUGAAGAAGAAGUUUCCACUGCUCUUCAAGUUUGGGAAUCAGAUUAGGAAAGUCCUUUGCCAUUGCUGUUGCUGUUGCUGUCCAGGUGCCAAGGAGACCUGCCUGGCUCCACUCGGCAGCUUCACAUCACAAGUCAGCAGGAAACUCUCAUCUUCAUCUCUUGUCUCAAAUUUGUCAACACUUAGUACUUCUCUGAAAUUUUCGAAAUCUUCAUUUUCGAUGGACCUCCCUGAUGACCUUAAUACAAAGAGACCAUCUGCCUUGGAACAUGAUAGUGGCAUUACCAUAUUAUCUCAUUCAGCAAUAACAACCAGCAGUGUCUUUCCCCAUGAUAACACUGAUACACAGUGUUAGUUCCUCUUACUGUCUUGUCUUUUUUUUUUUAUGAGUAACAAGUAAGUGUUUACAGACUUGGAUACCGACAAGGUUAUGCUGUUGGUAGAUGGCGUGGAAAACUUUGAAAUACAGUGCAAUAUGAGAAUUCAUUGAAAAAAAUAAGGUGAUAAGGCAUCAUGCUUACAUCAUGUAAUGUUCCAGCUCAGUCCUGGAAGAGCUCUGAUGGGACUACUCCACAAUACGUAUGAAUCCAGAGAAUGGCCAUGUAACUUUAUAACAGUUUCCAUAAUUGGUCAUAACGGAAUCAGACACUCUUAUUUGUCUCUGAUGUCCCUUUAGGUUCCUCAGUUAGGUGGAUGAAAUGAAUAACUCAAACUAAUCAUUGUUCUUGAUGACAUCAUCAUCAUCGUCAUCAUCAUCAUCAUCAUCAUCAUCAUCAUCAUCAUCAUCAUCAUCAUCAUCAUUCCUUCCAACAUCCUCAAUUCCCUUAAGGUGUUGAACGGUCGUGUGUGGAGGAGAAGGUAUCCUCCCCCGGAUUUCCUCAUGACGGGAGUAGGCUUGACUUCACGAUGACCUUCCCCAGCAGACUGCUAACCCAUGGUAUUAAGGUCCCCCCUCCCCGGGGCUAGUUGCGCCCUAUCCACUUGUUGGGUGUUGGUUAUGAUGAACGGCGGGAUCACCACGUCUCUACGCCCAACUCUUGAUGACUUGCACUUGAAUGAAUCUGUCUUUCAGAACAUCCGAAAAUGAUAAGGCAUCACCACGACACAGACACCAAAUACAGAAUUUUGUCAAGGAUUAAAGACAGUGCGAAUGUCUUGCCUUGAAAUUUUUAUGAGAACAGGAAGAAAAAAGCUGCAGUAAACUUCAAUUUCAAGGGUCAGCUUUUGCAGAGUGGAUGAAUGUUUCCCACACUAAUAACUGUGUAUGUAUGAGGGGGAGAUGAACAGCUCAGAGGUAUGGCCCUCUAAGUGACUGAUAGAAUGUAGCUUUAUAAGUAUUGAUAGAGUAUGUGGUAACAGGUGUCGAGCAGCAAACUUUAGUAUGCUUUGUAAAGUUGCUUAUUAUGGAAUGAACACAUUCGUAAAUGUAGGGAAUACAUUGCUCAAGAAAUAGUUCUGAAAUACGGAGUACAAACAAAAAAUAAACCUCUUUUACUUUAAAGAGAAUAAUGAUUUCUUAGUGCGUAAUUUCAUAAUUAUAGAGGCUUCCUAGACCAAGGAAUCAUGCAUAUAUAGUGAACCUGCAGAAAAAUGUUUAUCCAUUGAAUUUUGAUCUCAGCUGCAUUACCUGUUUGACACAGUACGUUGUAUGAAAUGUAUUUUGUAGAAAUGUAUCUACUAAAUACACAAAUAAUUAAGGCCAGUUUUAAUUUUGUAAUAAUAAUGAGAAUUUUUGUAAAUAAUUAUUGUCGCUACAGCAACCAUGAACAUUUUCAGACUGAGUAAAAAGCAAUAAAAACCUCUUUAAUUGCA